AUGCCCGUUUCGGAGCCAAGCGUCUACACAUUCCCCGACGACAAUGCUCUGGCAGGGGCGUUACGAUCCUAUAUCUACGACGCGCAGAUCGUCAGUUUUACCCGACGCAGGAGAUUCAAUGUCGCCGUCUCCGGAGACGCUCUGCCCAAGAUCCUCGCCACUGCGCUUCUCUCGCAUGCCUCGGCGAACCCUGAUGAUGAGAUCGAGAUCCACAAUUGGUCGAUUUUCUUCACGGACGAGCGCGCUGUCCCCUUAGACCAUUCAGAUUCGAACUACGCGCUUCUUAAAAGGGAGCUGUUGGAGAAGCUUCCCGCUGACAAGCGGCCUAUAAUACGGACCAUCGACCCGGCGCACCUGGGAGAUGUGCAAACGCUCGCAUACGAGUAUGAGCAGGCACUCGUCGCUGACUUCGCAAAACGUGAUGCAGUCCUCCUGCCAAAGUUCGACCUGGUGUUGCUUUCCUGCGACCACGAUAGUCAAGCGUGCGGUCUCUUUCGCAGCCACAUGCUCCCGAACCUGUCGAGCUCAUGGAUCAGCGGUGACAUGGAUUCUUACGCCUGGCGACUUAUUGACCGCGUUGGGUGGAGUCUGCGGAGCCCACUGUUGGAGGCCAAGAUUGCCGUUGUGGAGAACGGUUACAGCAUGGACGCACGCCAAGUCCUCCACAUCAACAGCGGCUAUCUGAAAAGGACGACGGCGUGCAUAUGA